AUGGCAACUGAACAGAAACCAGCAGCUGAGGAUGUGAAGAUUGACUUGUUCGAGGAUGACGAUGAAUUUGAAGAAUUUGAAAUCAAUGAAGAGUGGGAAGUGAAGGAGGAAGGGAAAGAGGCCAUGCAGCAAUGGGAGGACGAUUGGGAUGAUGAUGAUGUCAAUGAUGACUUCUCACUGCAGCUGAGGAAGGAAUUGGAGAACAACACACAGAAGAACUGA